UUUCAGUAUUUUGGAUUUUCCACUCACAGACUGCAGCUAGUUUCAGGCUGAAUGGGAUAAUAACCUUAAAAUCCUUUCUUAAGUACUUAAAUCUUCUUUGUCAGCAGGACUUAAAACAGUCAGUGAUUCGUGCAAGCAGAGGAUUCUUCACUAUUGCUUUGUUGAGUGAGUUGCAAAUACAAUAGAGGAUAUUGACAAAUAACAAACGAUUUGCUAUUGCUGAAAAUAGGGGCUUCAUCUUCAGUUGGAUUUGUACCUAUUCCUCCCGUAAGAAAUAUAUCUUUCUUGACAAGAUAUGUUGAAGUUUAAACAAAGAAACAGACCCUCCCCUUUCUCCUACUAUAGGGAUUUUAAAAGAGGACAGUAUGAUGACAGAAUUCGACUUGCCCACAACACCGGUAACCAGUUUUUUUCAGAAAGCAAUUACGUUUACUACAUUGAAGAUGAGGAAGAUGAUGUAGAAGAACUGAAGUGGGCAGAAAGAGAGGAUAAAAGGUUGGAUGGAUGGAGAAAGCAAAGUAUUGCUGCACAAAACGAGUGUGGGAUCUAUGAGGAGGAAAACAGAUGUAUACUCUCCCCUUCUUUUUAUGGAAAAAAGAGGAGAAAAUCCUUACACCUUAAUGUAGGGGGAACUAACUACACCAUUUCCUAUGGUGUGGCAGCCAGUUAUCCAAAGACCAGAAUUGGCAGGUUGGCUACAUACACUGACCGUCAGCGCAAACUAGAUCUGUGUGAUGAUUACAAUCCGCAGGAGGAUGUCUAUUUUUUUGAUCGUGAUCCAGCCAUUUUCCAUCACAUUUACAAUUUUUAUCGUACUGGGGUGUUAUGGGUAAGGGACGAACUAUGCCCUCGCAAUUUCCUGGAGGAGAUAAAUUAUUGGGGUGUGAGGGUAAAGCACACACCACGGUGUUGUCGUAUUUCUUUUGAAGAGAGGCAGGAUGAGCUUAAUGAGCAACUAAAAGUGCAAAGAGAGCUGAGAGCUGAAAUGGAGACAGAAGAAAAUGAGGAACUAUUUCGUGGAAUGUUUUAUGGACACCUAAGACGUCAAAUAUGGAACAUGAUGGAAAAACCAUUCUCUUCAACUACGGCUAAAGCAAUUGCAGUGGCAUCAAGUUUUUUUGUCCUUAUAUCAGUGGUGGCUAUGACUCUUAACACAGUAGAAGACAUGCAGUAUAAAAAUGCUGCAGGGUUCCCUAGUGGAAAACCAUACCUUGAACAUUUGGAGACACUUUGUAUUGUCUUCUUCACCCUGGAAUACCUGCUGCGCCUCAUCUCAACACCUGACAUACAACAUUUUUUGCGCAGUGUCCUUAAUGCUGUAGAUUUGAUUGCUAUCUUUCCUCUGUAUUUGCAAAUGCUUCUUGAGACGUUUGCUGAUGAGGACCAUAGUGGCAAAGGCUCCAGCCAUGAACAUGAGAUUGAGGCAGUAGGACGGGUUGGAAAGCUUGGGCAGGUUCUGAGAAUCAUGAGGCUCAUGCGUAUCUUCCGCAUACUGAAGCUGGCACGUCAUUCCACUGGCCUUAGAGCAUUUGGAUUUACCCUACGUCAGUGCUACCAACAAGUAGGCUGCCUCCUUCUCUUCAUUGGCAUGGGUAUUUUUACUUUUUCUGCCAUGGUCUACACAGUUGAGCACGAUGUGUCUGGAACUAAUUUUACCAGCAUCCCCCAUUCUUGGUGGUGGGCAGCAGUCAGCAUAUCAACUGUGGGGUAUGGAGACAUGUAUCCCGAAACCCACCUUGGAAGACUCUUUGCUUUUCUUUGCAUUGCUUUUGGAAUUAUUCUAAAUGGAAUGCCAAUCUCAAUCUUGUAUAAUAAAUUUUCCGAUUAUUACUCCACACUAAAGUCCUAUGAAUACACAACUAUACGCAAGAAACGAGGAAAAGUUCACUUCACUGGAAGAGCCAUGCAGAAAGUAAAUGCAGGUUGCUGUAGACCUCCAACCCAGCAUGCUGCAGGGCACAACCAUUAAUGAACAUCUCACAUCACUUUGUGAGGAAUGAUCUAGAUUGAAGAAACUGAAGGAUUCCUUGUUACUACUUACAUUAACAAACAUAAGCACUUGGCAUAAAAUGAGUUGGAAUGUUUCUUAAACUCAUCAUCAGAGUUCCCACAGCUGCUGUGAAGAAAGAAGAAUUUUAAGUUUGGGCUGUAUCAAUAUCAACUCUUUAUUGUUGUGGCAAGAUUAUAAAUGAUAAACUUUGACCUAUAGUAGUAAUAAUAGUAGCAGUAGUAGUAGACAUAUAGUAAUCUUAUAAAUAGAUCAUGGAAUUCUGAACUUCCAUUCAGACACUCCAAUAAUUGAACCAA